CCCGAAGUUAACUAGCACUAGCUACCUGGGCACCACAACUAUGCUUCUCAAUCCUCUUCGAGCACUAUUGACAGCUGCAUCAAAGGAUCCAUCAUCUGAGAAGCUGUAAAUUAAUAUUUGAGAGUGUAUCUUUUGACAGUCAUAGAUAAAAGUUGCACUCUUUGCUCACAGUGCCUCGACUUCCUGCUGGGUCAGAUUUGUCCUGAUACACGAUGACCUCAAUACCCAGAUUGACCGAAAGUCAGUGGAAAUCACACGAGGCUGUCAUUUGCGAAUUGUUCAGAAGAGAUGGACUACCUUUGCGCGAGGUCAAAUCUUUUAUGGAGACGAAUUACAACUUCACUGCAUCUGAUCGCCAAUGGAAACAUCGCAUCAAACGUUGGAGGCUCGACAGAAACAUCAAGAACGAAGAGAUGAAGGCAAUAGUUAUGAAGAGGCAAUACCGACUCCUUGCAGAGCCCCAUAAACCGGAGCUCAGAUUCCGAGUACGGGGUUUUGAGGUCGACCCAAAGAAGAUCAUUCGGUGGAUGCAUGAGCAUAAAAUUGCGCAGGAUCAGUUGUACGACGGUUAUCUCGGCACACAACUUCCAACUGAUAUCUCGUGCUAUGCGGAAUCGCGACAAGGCUCCCCUUUGAUAACUGGAGAUGUAGCAACAAUCACAGCAACGUCUACAUUACCAUUCGACACACCAAUCUCAGCCAACACUUUAUCGACAGGUUCGGCGAGGAGAUAUGGGACAGAUAUAAGGAUACCUGAGGUUGCAUACGAGGCAGACUCUAUAUCCGUAGCCACCAAGUCGUCAGAACCCAAAUGUCGAGUCGAAACGGUUGACAUGUCUUGGGCCUUUGAUACACCAUUGCAAGAGCUACUUGAGGGUCACAGGAAUGACCAGCAAGGACAUCCAUUAGGCACUCUGACCGCGUAUCUCAAAAAGGAGGCACUCGAGCAGGGGCGUGUUGUAUCUGCUCGUACACUUGCUGAACUACUUCAAGUGGGUUCGAAGGGAAAAGAUUGUGUACGGGAAACAUAUUCUCUAUCCAAAAAAAGCAGUAAAUCCCUAGGCGCUCCGUGGGACGUGAGUAUCGAAAGAAAGUCUCUUCGGAAUUACACUCAGUUGGUAUGGGCUUACGCCGAGGCAGAGUUCAGCACCGAUAAGCUACGUACUUGGAUAGAGUUGAGACUCCGAAUAGCAUCCGGAAACAGAUACUAUCGGGAAGGCUCUGCUAAAUUCCGAGUCGUAUAUGGACCUGAUUACUGUGCCGACCUUUUUUCCAGGGCCAUUGCACAGAACAACAUUGUCGAAAUUCAGCGUAUUCUCUCUAAUGGGGAAGCGACUGUCUUCUCCUUAGAUGAACACCUUCAAUAUCCGAUAUCGAUCUCAGCUCGCAUGGGUAACGUCGGAUUGACACAGUUACUACUUGAGCAUGGUUCACCGAGAUGCGUUGCUCUUAGGUAUGUUUUGGGCGUACUCACAAUACGCUCACCAAGUUCUCAAAGUUCCUAACCUUCUCCAGAUCCUCUAAAACCUUCAUAUGGGACAUUUGGAUAGGAUUCGCUAUGCGCAGUGGAAGCAAUGCGCAAUACUCUUUCGAAGACGAUUUUGCGCGAUGCAAAGAGCUCACGUCACUGGCUCUCGAAUAUGGUGCAUAUAUUGAUGAGUGCAUUGAUCACAGCGCAUCCUACGGAAACAUUAUGUUCUACAUCAACACAGCUCGGAACUUGCAACGCAACGAGUAUCAACAGGUGCUACAGUAUCUUCUACAGAUUGGUGUUGAAAUGGAGUUUCGCAACAACGAUGGACAUACGCCUUUACUUCACGCAAUUACGGAUGAGCCGACUCUAGCUAUCGUCUCUGCAUAUAUGGCUUUGAACGCGGACCUA